AUGUUGCUUGAUAAUGAUACGUUCCUUACAUCACUACACAAGUUCUUUAAUCAAUCUAAGUCCAGUGGUUCUCUUUACAUAACGAUGAAGAGAUAUGAUGGCCGCGUUAAACCGAUCCCAAAGAGGAGUCAGAAGGCGAAAGAUGCCCAUGUCGCUUCCGAAAAUAGCUGCCUCAUUCGUGCCACUCUUGGGAACCAAAAAAUCAGUACGGUUGUUCAUCAAAAAGAUAUGAAUAGAUUCAAUCAGGCUUAUUCCAACCUUUUGAAAGCUAACAUUGAUGGUCUGAAAAAACGUGACAAGCGUGUGAAGGCAGCGAAUUCAUCAAGUAAAAUCAGUCAAUCUAAAAUGGAUAAAGGUUAA